AUGGCUCCGCCUACCGCCAUAAUCACCGGUGGCUCAUCCGGUAUAGGGGAUGCCCUGGUACGGUACCUUUGCUCCUUGAAAUGGAGGGUCGUCAUCGCAGACAUCAACCCUCCAAAAGAGUCUUUACUGGAUACUCUAUUCAUUCGAACCGACAUUGCCUCAUGGGAUGAUCAAGCCGAAGCAUUCCGGCAAGCGUACGCCUGGAGCGGACGUCUCGAUUUCGUCGCAUUGAAUGCUGGAGUCGACGGUGGAGAGGAGAUAUUUAGUACGCUGUCCUACGAAGCGGACAAGCUUCCAUCGCAGCCGAACGCUAGACCAUACUAUGGCAUCAAACUUGCGACUCAUUACAUGACCAUCUCAAGCAUAGGCGCCGGCAAGCCCAGCCCUGGUGGUAAGAUAGUUAUCACGGCAUCUGGAGGGGGAAUAUUCCCCAUACCCAUCCUCCCCCAAUACACGGCCAGCAAGCAUGCCCUGGUCGGGAUGGUCCGGGCUCUAGGAAGAAAUGAGGCUUCGUCCAAGGUCAACGUACGCAUCAACGCCGUCUGUCCUGCCAUCGUUGAUACCCCUGGCGUUCCACGGAGCCUGCUGAGCAAACUGCCAUCCGAUCAAAUCACACCAAUGAGCACCAUAAUCCGAUGUUUCGAUACCUUGGUGGAUUUUGCACAUGCUAGCGACGAGGACUGGGUCCAGCGAGGAAAGAAUGGCGAAACUCUGGAAGGCAAUGGGGAGGAAUUGAUCUGGCACCAUCCACCAGAGCCGAAGGGUGGUAAAUUUUCGCGGGAGACCGGCGUUCUAGCAGCCGCCCAGGCGUACAAGGAGAGAGCUGCAAAGGUCGAGAUGUGA